AAUUGAUUUUGGGUUUGUCUUAUCUUGAUUACAUCUUUUCAAAUUUUGAAGCUUUUCAUUUUUUAUUUUUUUUUUAUUUUUAAUGUUUUUGUUUAGUUGUGGCAGUAUUGUAUUCUUUUGUCUUUGGCAUGUUGACUGAAAUUGCCCGUUGGAAUCCUGAAUAUUAAUGAGCACAUGAUUCUUAUUGAAAUUGAUUAUGCAACUUUAUCUUUAUUUUGUGUUUACAUAUUUAUUUUCUGAUUUCAUUGUAGAAUUUUUAUUGAAUAGAAUUAUUGGGUGUUGUUGCAAUUGAUUGAUAAGUGUUUACUUGUUAUCUGGGUUCACUUAAAUUGUAGCUCUGUUCUGUUUUAUCUGGAUUUUUAUUGGAUUUGCCCUGGUGGAAAAGGUUUCUGCCUAACAUUAAGAUUUUUCUUAUUGAUCUUUGAAAAUGGGGGAUGCCUCUAAAAAGUGAAGCCUUCGCUUGCUUGCUCAAAUGCUCGUUUGGUAGAUAGAGAGUGGAGUCCAUGCCUUGUUAUUGAAGUUCUGUUUGAGUACAUUACUCGAAAAAUGGGAGUGUUACUGCACUAAUCUGGGGAGCAUCACCUCAGUCAAGAUCUGAUAGGCGAAAGGACCGCGUAGAGACAAAUCCAGAACAGUUGGCUGCUGCAUCAGCCCAAGCGGAGAGAAUGACAGCAUCAACAGGACGAACAACAAGGGUGAUUGGGUGGUACCACUCGCAUCCUCAUAUUACAGUUUUUCCUUCUCACGUGGAUGUGCGGACUCAGGCAAUGUAUCAACUUCUAGAUCCUGGGUUUAUUGGGCUAAUUUUUUCCUGUUUUAGUGAAGAUGUAAAUAAGGUUGGGCGUAUCCAAGUCAUUGCUUUCCAGUCCUCAGAUGGGAAGCAGAAUAACACAAUAAGGCCUAUUUCUGUAUCACCUGUAAAUAGAGGUUACAUAGAUGUUGAAUCAUCUUUAAGUUCUUCAGAAUAUACAUCAGUGAAAUCUGGUUCUGGAAGGAUUGAGAGUGCUGAACUAGACACUGGUGAUUCAAGAACUGCUGCAGGAUCAAGUAAGGGUGGGGGUAGAUCUUCAGAUUUGGGGGAUUUCUUUGCAAAUGCUGAUGCCAACUAUGUUGGGAGAGAGAGAAUUGGAGGAAACUAUAAAACUGGCAAUUCAGAUGGUGCAUUUUUCGAUAUAGACCCCAUGGAUAUGUCAGAGAGUAUGCAAGAAGCUAUGCACCGCUCAAAUUUGGACAUGAGUGGUGCAGAAUACAUCAGAAAAGAAAUUCCUCUUCAUGUUUUGCCAACCUGGGCUCUGCUUAAGCUUGAUUCACCUUUAACAUCAUUUACGGAUUUGCAACGUGUAUUAUAUGAAGAGGAGCGGGGGGCAUAUAUCCAAGCUAUGUUGCAAAAUAUGAGGGAUGGAAAAAUACAUCCUCUUACCUUCAUACAUCACACAUCGACAUAUCAAGCUUCCAUGUGCAAAUUGAUUGAAUAUUGUUUAAGUCCUGCCAUAAAUACACUCCAAGAUCGCUUGAGAGAGAAUGAGAUACGGUUAGCAAUGUUGACUGAUGAAGCCAAGGUGUUGGAGAGUGAAACUUUUAGAGGGAGUGAAUCAGCUUCUAGAUCUCCCCACCUUGUUUCAUCUCAUGGUCUUCGAGGAAGUGCAUCAUCUGGUGCCAGAGACAUGCAUAACUCAUCUGAAUCUCUUAGUGUGAGGGCUGUUGCUAGUCCUGGUAGCCGAACCAGAUCAGGAUCUUGAUAAACUCCAAGCAAAGCUAUUUUUCCUUUUUGUAUAAUUGUCUCAAGAGUCUGCCAUAGAAGCCAUUGCAACUUGUUUGGUUCUUAGUACCCCAGAUGGGCAGAGUUCCAGAUGCAGCACCAGAUGAGUCUCUUGUUUGCCUUUAUGCCCUCAUCUGAGGACAAUUCUUGGGGACAGGCAGAGAUUUGCAAUGGGCUCAAGUAUGUAGGAUGUGUAUAUAUCUCCCUCUCGGCUUCAUAUAAUCCUGUUCUCCAAUGGUACUUGCCAUUCUUUUGUGGCCUUUUUUAUAGAGCAUGGGAUUGUGUAAUAGACUGUUUCCUUUGGUUGAUUCAUAAUGUUUUCCAUAGGGAGCAUCUCCCUGGUUGUAGUCUAUGCUCCCUCCCUUGCUUGUAGCGUACCUUGUAUUUUAAUCAAAUGCUGUGCAUUAUUUAUAGAAGUUAUUCAUUGGCACUA